AUGGAAAUCUUACUCAAGCUCAAAACACUCAGGCCUGUCUGGAGUUGCCAAUCACUUUGCAGGGCAUUCCAGAAUGACAACAAGAGGUUCGCUUCACUCAACCUUUCACACUACGAAGCUAUUAACCGGGGUGACAAGGAGGUCCCAGAGUACUUUAAUUUUGCAAGCGAUGUGCUGGAUCAAUGGUCCAAAGCUGAAAAGGUAACCUUCCUCCCCACUCAGGGUAGCCAUUUCCUGCUUUACUGGGGUGAUAUGCCAAGACAGUGCUUGAAUUUGGGAGGAAGGGGGAUCCUAUAAAGAGAGACACCUCGUUCCUGGCCUCCACCAGUUUUUAGCCAAAUUGCAUCCCCUGUAACCUUCAGAAAAGAGUAGCUAAGGUAAGUGUCUCAAAAGAUAAGGCGACCAGGAGCCCUCAACCCACUUAGUCACUUAACUAGGCAAAAACAGUCAUCUUUCACCACGUCUUUGACCUUUACUUAUCCAUGGUCUCUUUGAGUGAAUGGGAUGUUUUAAUCUAAAAACUAAGGCCGAGGGGCCGGAUGUGGCCCAAUCGCCUUCUAAAUCCGGCCCACAGACGGUCCGGGAAUCAGCGUGUUUUUACAUGAGUAGAAUGUGUCCUUUUAUUUAAAAUGCAUCUCUGGGUUAUUUGUGGAGCAUAGGAAUACAUUCAUUUAUUUUUUCCCCAAAAUAUAGUCCGGCCCCCCACAAGGUCUGAGGGACAGUGGACCGGCCCCCUACUGAAAAAGUCUGCUGACCCCUGUUCUAGCUUGUAAAAAACGGUUUUUUCAUUUUUCUUUGUUUUAUUUUUCUCCAGUUUUAACGUAUCUGUUUGCUUGCUUGUUUUUACUGCAAAUCACUUAGUUACUUUGGUUUAAAAAAGAGUGACCAAUAACAACUUAUUAUUGUUAUUGUUGUUGUUAUUGUUGUUAUUAUUGUUAUUAUUACCAGUGCUGCUACUAUUACUCUGUUCUGAAGGUUGCUUACACAAAGCUUACGUGGUGGUUAAACUGUGCCCAGACUUUACUGAGCAUUCGUUCCAAUUUGUUUGCACAGCCUGCAUUUACGUAUUGGUAAAAGGGCUGGAGACUUACUUUGAUUUUUUGCAAAGGGGGGCUGCUUUGUAUGAUACAACCUUAUCCAUAAAGUUUCUACCAUAAACUGGAGAACACUGUGAAACUAAUGCUGUUUUGCAGGAUGGAAGCAGGGCAUCCAAUCCAGCCCUCUGGUGGAUAGACGGCAAAGGGAAGGAAGUGAGAUGGAGCUUUGAGGAGCUGGGAGUCCUGUCACGGAAAGCGGCCAAUGUGCUCUCUGGCCCAUGUGGUCUGCAAAGAGGAGACCGAGUGGUUCUCAUUCUGCCACGAGUCCCAGAAUGGUGGCUGCUGAAUGUAGCAUGCAUUCGGUCAGGUAAGCACAUCUUGGGUGCUCUGGAAACUCGAGAAACUGCUGUGGGUGCCAGUCACAAAAUGGCUGCUGUGGGGUUGUAUGUAGUAUGGUAUAAAUUGGCUGCUGCAUCUAAAAAGGAGACAAAGACACAAAAUGGACCAUGGACCAGAGGUUCUUCACCACUGCUAAGCAGGUCUGGGCCUGCGUUCCGCCUUAGAAGAAAAGUGGGUGUAUAGUCCAUCUGUCCCCACAUACACUUUUCUUCUAUACACCCAGGGAUGGAAAGAAGAAAAAGUCCCAUCAAAAGAAGAAUGGAUAAUGAAGAUGAUGGACUAUGUGGAGAUGGCAAGGCUGACCAGGAAGAUUGGGCACCAAGAAGAUAACAAAUUUAAUAGAGAAUGGCAUAACUUUAUAGAAUAUAAUAUUAAAGAACAUUGAAAAACUUUAAAAACAUUUGCAGGAUUUACAUAACACUUUACAUAACAACGGAUAAAAAUGAAGUAUAACAAUUUGGAUAAAUGUAAUUAUAUGCAAGUUUGACCAAACUGCGGGAGGCAGUGGAAGGCAAUGGAAGACAGGAGUGUCUGGCGUGCUCUGGUCCAUGGGGUCACGAAGAGUCGGACACGACUAAACAACUAAACAACAACAAUUAUAUGCAGUUUUAAAAGGUGAAUUUUUGAAGCCAAGGGAGGGGUGGAGGGAAGUCUGGGGGUUCAGGGAACCCCAUAAAGGUACUGAUAUGACCAUGGUUUUAGGAAAGUGUGUGUGUGUGUAAAACGUUUUCCUUGUUGAAUCUUUGGAAAAAAAAUUCUAAAAAAGGAAGAAAAGUGGGAUAAUAAAGUAAAAACAAAAGUGAAUCCAUAAAACCUAAACACCAUUUUGAAUGUGUUGGUCUUCUAGGGAUUGUGUUCAUGCCAGGGACACCUCAGCUGACGGCCAAAGAUAUCCAGUACAGACUCCAGGUUUCGAAGGCCAAAUGCAUCAUUACUCAUGACACCUUGACCCCUGCAGUAGACUCCAUUUCAUCUUCUUGCCCCUUUCUGAAAACAAAGUUGCUGCUCUCCGAUGGCAGGAGCGGGGGCUGGCUGAAUUUCAAGGAGCUGCUUGAGUGAGUAACAGUGGCUUUAUUUAUACGGCAGGAGAAAUGUCCUGGUAGGGUUCAGAACCGGCAAUGAACCCACAUCUCAACAUGCAUGUUCCUCAUUGCUUCCUCCAAAGAAUCCUGGGAAAUGUAGUUAAGGCUGCUGAGUUGUUAAGAGACCUCUCUUCCCCUCAGAAUGCUACUAUUCCCAGACUGCCUUAGCAAUCAAUUCCUCUUUCCAGGGGAUGCUGGGAACUGUAGUUCUCUGAGGGGAAUAGGGGUCUUCUAACAAUUCUCAGCACCCUUAACACCUUACAGAUUUUUGGGGGGAAGGAACGGCUGUUUAUAAUAUUAUAGAAUCAGAGAAUUAUAGUGUUGGAACGGACCAUGAGGGUCAUCUAGUCCAACCCCCUGCAAUUCAGGAAUCUUUUGCCCAGUGAGAGGCUCAGACCCACGACCCUGAGAUCAGAGGCAGAUUUAGGGGAGUGCACCCAGUUUGGCCACCUUGGGCACUGAGCCAAGAGGGCACCACAAAAAUGACUUAGAAUGGAAGGCGAGAGGUGGGGGCGGGCACUGAAUUUUGGCAUCACGCAGGGCACUGUUGAAAUUUGAAAUGUCAAAGUUCACCACUGCUGAAAUUAAGAGCCUCAUGCUCUACUGACUGAGCAUAAUAGUACUUAAAAUGUAUGACUGGUGACCACAACUGGCAUUGGAAAACCACCUGCCCUAUAAGUUUCCCACAACUCCGCAGAGUUCCUGCUGUAGCUGUCGGGAUCCCCGCUCAGCCAAGCUGAUAAAGCUCAUUUUCUUCCUGUGACUCGCAGCAGCUGCUCAGUGAGAAACAGAAACUAACAGUAGCAUCACUCUUGGGCAUUAUAGGAAGUUAGAAUGGCAGGCAGCUUCCCUGAUCUGGCCACUACUUCCAAGAUGGUCCAAGCGACCAUCAAACCUGCAACCAGCUCUAGCAAAGGCCCAUCUCAUCCAACAUCUUGUUCUCACAGUGGCCAACCAGAUGCCUCAUGGGAAGUCCACAAACAAAACCUGAUUCCAGCUGCCCUCUCUUCACUUGCGAUUCCCAAGCAGUGGUAUUCAGAAGCAUACAGUUGCUCAUGAGUGUCUGAGAAUGAGUAUCGGCACAGGAGGUUCAUGUGACAAUUGCAUGACCGACACAAAGCCACAUUAAUAGGCUCACACAGUUGGCACUUAUGAGGCUGGCCCCUGUUAUAGCAUCUGUUUGUACCCUCUGCUGUACAUUUAAAUACAGAAGACUUGGACAUUCACUUCCUUGACCUGUCACCCUUUCUUGACUUUCUUGAAGCGUGGCCCCUUCUGAUCACAGCUGCGUGAAAACCAAGAGCGAUGAACCAAUGACGAUCUACUUCACAAGUGGAACUACUGGGUCUCCAAAAAUGGCAGAGCAUUCCCAAAGCAGUUUAGCUCUUGGAUUGGCAUUAUCCGGAAGGUAUAGUUCUGUAAUUUGCUUUUUAUAAAUCUCCAGGAAGCAUUAAACUAACUCUCUCUCUCUCUCUCUCUCUCUCUCUCUCUCUCUCUGGAGCAGGGAUAGACAAAUCAUUUUUCAGUUUUCUCACUUUCUCAUUUUUCCAGUCUUAAAUUCGGUUCUCCAUAUUUCUGCAGCAAUCUGAUUUUUUUUAAAAAAAAAUCCUUGUGACAAUUUCAGUGACAAGUUCUCCUAAUAAACACAAUUUUGUAUGCUAUUUUGACAAACAUACACAUUUUGACAAGUACAUUUUGAAUACUGUUUUCGUGAAUAUAUAUAUAUAUAUAUAUAUAUAUAUAUAUAUAUAUGUGCACACUUUACCCAAAUGUUAUGCAUUUUUUUUGUACACACUUCUGGGUUGGAGAGCUGCCUUGCAAAAUUCGGAAAAGUGAGGAUUUUACAGGAUAGUGGCGUUUUGGUUCGCCUAUUGUUUCCCAAAGUGUGAAUUUGGUAAAUACAACUUUUAAAUGCAAAGUGAAUCAAUUUUCUUCCCCAUCCCCAAGUUCAAGGGUGGAGAAAUUGAACCUGGUGGGCAAAGGAAGUGAGGUUUGCAGGCUGCCACCCAUCAACUGAUCGUUUCCGUAUCCCAUAUCCUCUCUGAAAGUCUCUGGGCAGAGUGAAAGACACAGUUUUUCUUGUACGUAUUAGUGCAGACUCCCGUCUCUCAACCUCUGUCUCUUGCAGGUCUUGGCUAGACAUAAGGCCUUCAGACAUCAUCUGGAACAUGUCUGAUACAGGCUGGGUGAAGGCAGGCCUGGGGAGUGUUUUUGCCCCAUGGCUUCGAGGCGUCACCGUCUUUGUACACAGCAUGCCCCAGUUUGAGCCGAGAGAAUUCCUGAAUGUAAGAAUAAAAGUCCUGUCUUGGGGGGUGUAAGUUAUGUUUCACACUCUCUGCCAACUGGGUAAAAAAACAAAACCCUGCCUAUGGAACCUUGACCAAGUGAAGUGAUCUGCGGGUCUCAGCCAGAGGGCCAGUGUGGCCCUUCAGACCUCUCUGUCUGGCCCUUAGAACUCUCUCUUGGCCUACCACUUCCUGACCCUGCUUCAUAGUGUUUUUCAUGGUUGGGAAUGGAUCCUUGAACUUUGAUAGUGCAUCUUGUUUCGCUGGAUGGAGGAUAGACAGUGGAGUAUGCUAGCAUGUGGGUACCAGCCUGCAGUGCAGUGGUUAAGGGAAAAAAUACAUUUGUUGCUUUGAUCAUUUUUGCCCCUAGCCUCACCCAACACUGGCCUAUGGCCCUCAGGAGGUUUACUAGAAGCAAAUGUGGCCCUCAGGCUGAAAAGGAGUCACUAUCCCUGUCUUAGGUUCUGAAGCUCUGAGCUAUCACCAAGCCUUGCUCCAGCACAACUGAGAAAUUGCCCCACUACCUACUAUGUUACCAUUUGAGAUGCACUUGUUUAUUUAAAAAGUCAUAAACUGCACUUUUUAUAAAUAUAUAUAUAUAUCAAGGCCGCUGGCAGCAUAUACACCACAUGAUAUCUAUUAAUAUCUAUAAAACAGUAUGCUAUAGAGGAGUGUUUCCCAAACGUAGAUCGCCAGCAGUUUUUGGACUACAACUCCCAUCAUCCCUAGGUAGUAGGACCAGUGGCAAGGAAUGAUGGGAACUGUAGUCCAAAAACAGCUGGAUACCCAAGUUGGGGAAACCCUGGUGUAGUUUCAGACUAUGGCCUGGGAGACGUAGGUUCAAAUCCCCAUGCAUUCAUGAACCUCAUUGGUUCAUGGUCCAGUCACUAACUCCUACCCUAACCCAUGUUGCAGGAUUGUUGCGAGGAUAAAAUGGGUCUGUGGAGCAGAGAGAUAAUGAACUCUUCCUAGGGCUCUUUGGAUAAAGGGAAGGCUCAAAAUGUGCUCUUGUUACCCACGAAGCGAAAUAUAUUUUACAUUGUGAAUUUGUGCUUUUCUUCCCACUCUUCCCUUCCUACUUUCUCUAGACUCUCUCCCAGUAUCCAAUAACGACAGUGUGCAGCGCCCCGACAGCCUAUCGCAUGUUGGUGCAGCAUGAUCUCACCAGGUACCUUGCGUUAUUGUUUUGCAUCGGGAAUGUAGCUGUUCUUUUGUGAUUGGCAUCCAGCCUUGGAAUGGAAAACACCCCACCUGUAUCUGCCCACCACAAUGAUCCUCCCAGCCUGCACAUCAAAGUGCUGCAAUCCUGCAUCUAGCGCACUAUGCACUAAUGUACUGGUGGGGAAAAACACGGCAUCACCAGUGGUGUAGCGUGGGUUGCUAGUGCCCGGGGCUGCACGGAGGGGGCAGGUGGGAGAGAAAUGGACGGAGUAUGCAUGUGCAUUCAACCGCCUGAUGGCGUCCGCGUCACCCGGUGAUCACAGCCACAGAGAUAAGAAAAGAAGAGCUUUUCCAUUGUCUAGAGGGCACACUUCCUGGUUCAUGUGGAGAAUCCAUUUUCAAUGGAGCCCAGGGACAUUUUAAAUAAUAAUAAUAAUUAAGGAACGCACUUAAACCUCCUCCUCUUAUUUCUGUUAAGCUACAAGUUCAAGAGCCUGAGGCACUGUUUGACAGGAGGGGAGCCGCUCAACCCGGAGGUGAUGGUGCAAUGGAAAAGGCAGACGGGUCUGGAUAUCUACGAAGGCUAUGGACAGACUGAAGUGGUAGGCCCAAUUUAGCUGGUCAGCAUUCCAAGCAAAAGAAACCAGGGCACAAUGUAACAUCCUUUGUUGUUGGAGCAAAAUUGAAGAUGCUUAAUGCAGUGGAACCCUAACCGAGUUAAUGUGCUUAGCCAAUGUCAUAAUUGUUGAUUUAAGCAGAGUCUCGUUGCCAGCGGAAGGAUGAGGAAAAUGUGUUACAUACUCUAUAUUGCUUUAUUUACAGUUCAAAGCUGGUAUAUUACAGAAAGACAUCUUGCCUCUGCAGGAGCAGAAAAUGCAUCCUCUCUCCUCGACAGCUUGGAGAGAAUCACACAGUGAAAAACAGGAAACCAGUGUACGUCACAUCCAGUCUCCCUUUCCCGUGAGAAACCCAACAGUACAGACUGUGGAAUGUAAACACCUGUCUUGUGACUGCAGUUGCUGCUCAGUGAAGGAAAUAGAAACCAACAUCCUCCCCCUUUCUGUGAACAUCACUGGGCAGCGUGUUUGUACAAUAUCAGUACAAACCCAACUUCUGCACAUAGGUACAGUGUUGAUCCCUUGAUACAAUCUUGGACAAUACAUCAGCAGGAAUUUCAUUACCUGGCAUAUAGGACACCGUUACGAGUCCCUUCUGAAUACAUUCCCUAGCAUGCUGCAACUUUAAUUGCAAGUGCUUUGUGCUUUGCUUACAACCUUCAGACUUCAGCAAAGCCAAACAUGCUUUGUUGUCCUGGUAAACCUGGAUUGGACAUUUGACAGGAAUUUUCAUAUCUUUGCACAAUUGUACUAACCAUUCACAAUCCUUAAGUGAAUAAGACAGUGCAUUCAGUUCAGCUUCACAAGUACUUAAGCUAACUGUUGUUUGCUUCUUGCAUGACCAAUCAAACAGACUCUGAUUGUACAUGUAGCAAACUCCAGACGUACUUUUCCUGUCUGUAGCGUCACUUCCAAAACUUGCAUCUGCAAAUAUCUCAAGACCACCAGACUUCUGAUUGUUAAAUCUCAGUCUGUAAUGCAUAGUGCCUUUCAAAUACCGCGCUAUGCGUUUCAGAGCUUUCCAAUCCUUGACACUAGGAUUGUUGACUUGUCUGCUUAGCAAAUUACAGCUAACAGCAAUGUCUGGUCUUGAACAUCUGGCAAUGAAGUUUAGCUUGCCUAGCACACUCCUGUACAGUGUAGUGUCAGAAAAUGCUUCUUCAGUGUCAUCUACCUGAUAACUUGUUGUCAUCGGUGUGUCUACAGGGUUAGCAUCCAUCAGAUUUAGUUUGCUUAACACAUCAGCAAUUUUCCGUGACUGGUGUACUAGAAUGUUACCAUCUUGAUCUCUCUCUAUUUCCAGAGAUAGGUAGUUGUUUACCUCACCAAGAUCUUUCAUGUCAAAGUGCUCUUUCAGUUGAGCUAGGGCGCUAUUGUACAUUGCAACAUCUUUCCAAAAGAAUAAUAAAUCAUCAACAUAAAACAAACAGUACAGUUUCUUUUGCCCCUCCUCUUUGACAAAUACACAUGGAUCAGCUUUCCCUUGCUGAAAACCUAGAGAAAACAAUACUUCAGUGAGUUUUGUGUGCCAACACCGUGCACUUUGUUUGAGACCAUAAAGGGAUUUCUUCAGAGCACAAACAAAUCCCUGUUUUACCUGUACGCCAUCAGGUGGAAGCAUAUAAAGUGAUUCAUCUAGAGAUCCGUACAGAAAAGCUGUAUUAAUAUCAUGGUGACUAAUGUGUAGGUUUUCCUCUGCAGCUAGCUUAAGCAUAAGCCUAAUGCUUUCAUAUCUCACUGUGGGUGAAUAGGUCUCGUGAUAGUCUUCACCUGGUACCUGUGCAAAACCUCUGGCUACCAAUCUGGCUUUGUGUCUGACUAUCUUGCCAUUUUGAUCUGUCUUCGCUUUGAAGACCCAUUUGCUUCCAAGCAGUUUCAUUCCUGGAACUACUGGAACUAGUUCCCAUGUUUUGUUCCUUUCUAAGGAAUCAAGCUCAGCCUUCAUGGCAUUUAACCAUGGCUCAGCUUCCUUUGAAUCCAAACCCUGGAUUUCUUGGAAACUUGAAGGUUCAAAUACCUUCUUGGAGCUUUUAACAGCUGUUACUGCUAUCGUAGCAAACUCAUCAGCAAAUCUCUUUGGAGGUUUGCCUUUUGUGGCUCUCUGUGACCUACGAAUUAGCCUUAAGUCUUCAACACUCUCCUCUUCCUUCUUAGGAGAAAAACGACCUAUUGUGAACAAUGGUUCCUCCAAUUCUUGAUCAGAGCUUUCAGAGGGUCGCAUAGAGGCUUUCGCACUCUCGAAAUCCUCUGAAUCACCCGAUUCAGUUUCAGAUUCAGACUCAGAACCUUCAUCAGUGGGUGUGGGCUGUUGUGGUUGCUUUUGACUAUCCUCAGUCUCAUCACCGUCAUCAGGAUAACAUUGGAAAAUUCCCACACUCUCCCCCCCACUUUGCAUUGUACUCAACACUUCUCGUGAGCUUAAUUGUCUUAGAGUCAGUCAUCAUUAUUCUGUAAGACCCUUUCUGAUAACCUAGAAAGAUACCAUGCAAUCCACGCUUGUCUAACUUGGAGUUUUGUGGUGAGCGAACCCACAUGUCAGAACCAAAAAUCUUCAUGUGUUUGAUGUAUGGCUUCUUGCCAAACAUCUUCUCAUAGGGGGUACAACCAAUCGCUGAAGAUAGCCUGCGAUUGUAACUGUAAACAAAACACGAGAGAGAUUCGGCCCAAUAACUCUCUGGAAGAUUGGCAUCAUGCAGCAAGGUUUUUAAUCCUUGAAGCAAUGUCUGAUUUGCCCGUUCCGCAAGUCCAUUCUGCCAUGGCGAGCGAGGACUAGACAAAUCGUGUUGAAUUCCUUUCUCAGUCAGAAAAGCUUCAAACUGCUGAGAAGUGAAUUCCCCCCGCGAUCACUGAAAAGAGUCUUUAUCUUCUUACCAUGCACAUUUUCCAACCAAGCACAGAAUUCCUUGAACCUAGGAAAAGCCUCCGAUUUCUGCUUGAGAUUGUACACAAAAAUAUAUCUAGAAAAUGCAUCAAUGAGAACCAUGAAGUAUCUAUUUCCACCCAAAGAGGGCGUUAGUGGUCCAACCAAAUCAGCAUGAACAACCUGGUAUGGUUCUGUAGCUUUCCUACUAGACACCUUACCUUUCGCAGCCAUUUUCACCUUGUUUGCUGCGCAUGCUUUGCACUUCAUGUGGUACCUGCAGGGUUUAAUAGUCAUACCUUCAACCAAGGCAGGCAUUUUAGAUACUGCCUCAAAAUGCAAAUGAGCAAAUUUUCUAUGAAAAUCGUGAAUACAUUCUGCAUGCAAACUUUUGUUAGAACCUGCAAUGCAACAAGUGUCAUCCUGCACCACAUCAUCAUAAUACAAAACAAACAAACGAUCAACAUAUUCUGCAUGCAAUACAUAAUCAUUUUUCUUUGAGAUGAUGCACUUCUUGUUCUUGAAGGAAACGUCAAUGUUCCGCUCAUUCAGCUGUCCAACGCUGAGCAGAUUAUGUUUGGCGUCUGGCACGUAAAGCACAUUCUGUAUCGAUAAGUCCAAACUGUGAAGAACAACAGUUCCGUAGCCUUUACUGGGAAUAGUGUGGUCAUCCGCCUGGUGAAUCGCACCUUCCUGCGGUGUAAAAGACACAAACAGUUUCUUAUCGUUGCACAUGUGGUGGGUCGCCGCUGAAUCAACAACGAAGAAAGAUCUAGACGUCUUCUGGACCUCUGCAACCUUUGGAGUGAAGCGUGAAACCAUAGCCUUGUGCUGCGUUGUCCUAGACACCGGACCUUUGCCUUUGCCUCGGCCUUUUCCGCGCGAUGAGCUUUCGCUGCGCUGCUCUGUCUUGGCCCUGGGAUGUCUGCAUUCCCUCUUCAUAUGGCCUAGACGUCCACACGUGUAGCAUUUCACUGCCUUCAAAGCUUUGGCGCCAUCUGGUGGUUCCACUGCACUAUGGGAUGACGUCUGUGAAGACUCUCCCUUGCCCAUGCAGCUAGCACCCCGGCGAUCUGCUUCAUUUAAAAUCACGGCAGUAACAAAGUCCACUGUCAGCUGAGCAGUUGGUUGCACAGCAAUCUGGGUUGCAACAGACUCCCAACCUGAACCCAAAGAUUGUAGUAUCAUGAAAGAAUACACAGCCUCUGGAAAGUUGAGUCCUCUCUGUUGCAGCUCAUGUCUCAGAUUUUGCAUCUGCAUCAGAUGUAAACGUACAUCUCCACCUUCAGCAAGAGCCAUAUUAUGCAGCUUGUUAAAGUAAAACAUAGUGGAUCCAGCUUCUGUCCUUAAAUGAGCCUCUCUCAGAGCGUCCCAAAUUUCUCUGGCUGAGGUCUUAUCACGCAAUAGACAGAGCUCUUCUGGGGAUACUAUCAAUGUAAGAGUUCCCCUUGCUUUGGAAUCCUUAGCUUCCCAUGCAUCUGUAACUGGAACUGGGGGUUCCUGUAAUCACCUCAAACAAACCCUCUUUCCGCAGAAUUGCCUCUGCAUACUGAACCCAGUCGCUGUAAUUUUUCUUGUUGAGCUUAGGAAUCCCACAAGCAUCCUGAAGGGCCAUCAUGACUCUGGCAUUUGCCUUCAGCGUCAUAUGCUGCUUUAAAUCUUGCUGCGUCACUGCUGCAGCUGCCUCAUUACAAAGGCACACUUAAAAGUUACUUUCGAUUUCCCCAGCAUAGUGACUUGUGCCUGGGAGCCUUUUGCCUAUUUGCAAAACCGGCUUUAAAAGUUCAAAGUCCAGCCAUAAAGCCAUUAACUUGAAGCUGGCAGGCUGCCCGGAGCAGUAGCACAUACCUCAUCAAUCACUUCUACGCGCAGAGCAGAUUCCUUUCCGAGCCGUCCCUCUGCAUUCCGAUCCUUUGCCGGCACUCCGAUUCGACCUCUGGAGUCCAUAACCACGUGUUGAUUUAAGCAGAGUCUCGUUGCCAGCGGAAGGAUGAGGAAAAUGUGUUACAUACUCUAUAUUGCUUUAUUUACAGUUCAAAGCUGGUAUAUUACAGAAAGACAUCUUGCCUCUGCAGGAGCAGAAAAUGCAUCCUCUCUCCUCGACAGCUUGGAGAGAAUCACACAGUGAAAAAACAGGAAACCAGUGUACGUCACAUCCAGUCUCCCUUUCCCGUGAGAAACCCAACAGUACAGACUGUGGAAUGUAAACACCUGUCUUGUGACUGCAGUUGCUGCUCAGUGAAGGAAAUAGAAACCAACAAUAAUAACCACCAUCCUUCAUAAAGUGUUUAGUUAAUUUGUUGCAUCUUCCUUCCUAGGAACUCAAAGUAGCGGACAGAGCCACAUUUCCCAGAGUUCCCUGGGAAGAGGGUUCUCCUAACAACUUUCAUCAUCCUUAGUGAACAAUUGCAGCCAGGAUUCUACAAAGGAAGCCAUGACCAUUUAAAGUGGUAUAAUUCUGCUUUAAAUGCACAGUGCAAACGGGGCCUAGUUUUUGCAUAGAGUACGCCCAUUGAAAUAAAUGGGCCUCAAUUAGCCAUGCCCAAUAAUUUCAACUGGUUUACCCUGAGGGGAACUUCGUUAGAGACAGACCAUUUAAAAGCAAUCAUUAAAACAAUAAUUUCAGAGUUGUCAAGACAGUAUCAAAUUGACAGCCAUCAAAUUCCUGAGCAAACAGGAAUGUUAAUAAUGAGGGCAUUCCACAAAUGGGGAGCCACCGCUGAGAAGGUUCUGUCACAGGUCUGUACAAACUGAGUUAUCUGCUCGAAAUUUUAAAGUGGAAUAAAAAUGCAACUUACAAAGAUGAUCUAUGGUUUGAAAACUUUUGUUUGCUGCAGGGUAUUAUAUCACAAAAUGAGAAAGGGAAGAAAAUUAAACCUGGCUCCAUGGGCACACCAGCUCCACCUUAUGAUGUUCAGGUAAGAGGGCAGCUAAUUUGUCAGGUGGGUCUAGUGAAAAUAUGGAAACAAGAAGAGUUUCAAGAAAGUAGUAAUGAUAUCUGUGUGUUUAGAGGUGUUUCCCCACCCCCACCCCUCUAAACCAUAACUGUACUUGCCUUUCCCCCCUAGAUUAUAGAUGAAAACGGCAAUAUUUUGCCUCGUGGGGAAGAAGGAGACAUUGCCAUUAGAAUAAAAUCCAAGAGGCCAUUUUGUUUCUUUUCCCGCUAUGUGGUAAGCAGUUCAUUUCUAUGCAAGACAGUUCCCUCUGUAUAGUUUCCGGAAAUCAAAUCAAAGCAGCCGUUUUGUUUUUCUUGCUACAUGUUAAGUGAUUUAUAUACAACACAACGUUUCCCCUUUUAAUUUUCGGUAUGUCAAAUCUAAGUGGCCAUUUUGUAUUUUCUCUUGCUUCACAGUAAAUUUAGAUAUGAGUUCUUUCCCCUCUCUAGUUCUGUACACCAAAUCAAAUUGGCCAUUUGGUUUUUCCUCUCUCAUUAUAUGGUAAGGAGUAUCAGUUCUCUGUAUGUCAAUGUAAUUGCAAUGCGAUGGCAACAUUUUUACCACCGUAAUCAGGGGUGGGGAAACUCUUGCCCGUGAGUUUAAAUAGGCCUGCCAAGCCUACCCAUUUAGUCCACAAGGCCACUUUGCGGCUGGGCCAAAGGGACUUGUGCAGUGCUGUGCAAGUCCUUAUAAUCAGCUGAUCGGCAGAGCUUGAAUAGCACAGUACAGAGAGCAAAAUGGGUCACCUGAUGUCACUGUGGUGUCAAUGUCCUUAUAUUAGGAUACUGGAUUAGAUGUGGCAGUGUCUGGAUCGUGCAGGCUCUCCUUACAUUCUUAUGAUUGCAGCCUAAGGGGGCCAUUCCAAAAAAUGACCCCACUCCCCCCAUAACUUAACAUAUUCCUCAAUUCUAAGUGUGUUCGAAAGCAUGCCAGUGCAAGUAGAUAAAUGGGUACCACUGCGGCGGGAAGGUAAGCGGCGUUUCUGUGCGCUCUGGCACUCGUCACGGUCCUCCGUGCACCAGAAGCAGUUUAGUCAUGCUGGCCACAUGACCUGGAAAACUGUCUGUGGACAAAUGCUAGCUCUCUCGGCUUAAAAGUGAGAUGAGCACCACAACCCCAUAGUUGCCUUUGACUGGACUUAACCGUCCAGGGGUCCUUUACCUUUACCUUUUUUUACUGCAAGAGUAGGAAUUAUUUCCUAGGUAAGAGCAGCAGCCAGAGACUCCUGAUUCACGUAGACAUAUCAUUGUGUUUAUUGUAAGGAUAAUCCAGAGAAAACUGCUACAGUCUUCCGUGGGAAUUUCUACAUUACUGGAGACAGAGGGCUAAUGGAUGAAGAUGGAUAUUUUUGGUUUGUUGGGCGAUCCGAUGAUGUUAUCAUCUCUUCUGGGUUUGUACAUUGCAGAAUGUGUUACUACAGAGAGGAGCAAGUAUUUGUUAAUAUUUCUAGGCCACUUUCCCACUGGUUAGCCUUCCAAACAGCUAACAGAUUUUUAAAGCAAAAUGACAAUAGAUACAAAUGCACAAAAUACACAGGAAAAUGAGAAAGCAAGUACAGUGAUACCUCGGGUUAAGAACUUAAUUCGUUCUGGAGGUCCGUUCUUAACCUGAAACUGUUCUUAACCUGAGGUACCACUUUAGCUAAUGGGGCCUCCUGCUGCCGCUGCGCCACCACCGUGCAAUUUCUGUUCUCAUCCUGAAGUAAAGUUCUUAACCUGAGGUACUUUCUGGGUUAGCGGAGUCUGUAACCUGAAGCGUCUGUAACCUGAAGCAUCUGUAACCCGAGGUGCCACUGUACAAGGGGAAAUGGCUAAUUAUAAAGAAACAGAACACAAACCAGGAAGCAGAUAGAUGACUCAAGGCCUAAGGCCUGAUGAAAUAAAACAGUUUUACUAGUACACCAUAACCUCCAGGCCCAAAACUGGGACUCACGUCUUCCGGGUGAGUUACGUGAUCUGCACAAGAUCGUGGCCCUGAAUAAAGCGCUUUUGGGAAGUGAGAUUGUGGCAUGAGAUCACACAAGAUUGCUGUGCUCAAAAUGGCUGCCAUGCUUACACCUGAAAAAACGGUCCCUGUGUCUGCUCCCUGUCACCAGUAUGGCAACUGCAUUCUGGAUUAGCCAUAGUUUCCAAGUCACCUUCAGAGUCAACUGGCCUUUUUGUUGUUGUUGCUUCCAGGUAUCGUAUUGGGCCUUUUGAGGUGGAAAGUGCUCUGAUUGAGCACCCAGCAGUGGUCGAAUCGGCUGUGGUGAGCAGUCCAGAUCCUGUCAGAGGCGAGGUAAUGAAAUGCUAAAUAAGAAACUCAAAUCCUAUUUAAUGCACGGCCUGGGAAUUAUGGUUGUCUACAAGGCAGAGGCUGACAGAGGAUUUGCAGACUACAAAUGUUCCCAUCUUUGCAUGGUUUCAUCUGUACAGGGUUGCCAACUUUUUUGGAUCAGUGGGAAUAUUGGGAAUUUUGGGAAAGUAUAGGAAUCGGGGCGUUGGGGAAACAGCAGCUGCUUCAGAGGGUAGGGCCUGAACCACUGGAUUCAAAUUACAAUGAAGGAGAUUCCAACUAACAUUAGGAAGAACGUUCUGAUGGUAAGAGCUGUUUGACAGUGGAAUAGACACCCUCGGAAGGUGGUGGACUCUCCUUCAUUUUUAAACAGAGAUUGGAUAACCGUGUGCCAGAGAUUCCUUAGCUGUGAUUCCUGCAUUGCAGGGGGUUGGUCAAGUUGACCCUAUGGGUCUCUUCCAACCCUACACAGUUCUAUGAUUCUACACAGGAACAAAGGAAGCCCUGAGAAAGAGGGGAAGAUGCUAAGUCGGAGUGCCUGCGGGAGUGUGACUUGCCCUGUGUUCACACUCCUUUUUAAUUUGCACUCACUGCAUUUACAGUGCUGGGUUCUUUAUGUGUUCACAUGACAUUAUCCAAAAGGCUUAUGUAUCCUGUUUGAUGUGUUGUUUCUCAAAACCGGCUUCUCCCUAGCUGGAGUUCUUGAGUUGCUCCUAAUUUGUCUCUGAGAUUUAGAUGCAUUUUCAUAGGGUAAAGAUGCCCAACCCACCUGUGUGUACACAAAUAGAAAUGAAUUAUAUUAAUGAAGCCCUGUGGGGACGCGGGUGGCGCUGUGGGUAAAACCUCAGUGCCUAGGACUUGCCGAUCGUAUGGUCAGCGGUUCGAAUCCCCGUGGCGGGGUGAGCUCCCGUCGUUCGGUCCCAGCUCCUGCCCACCUAGCAGUUCGAAAGCACCCCUAAGUGCAAGUAGAUAAAUAGGUACCGCUUUAUAGCGGGAAGGUAAACGGCGUUUCCGUGUGCGGCACUGGUGCUAGCUCGCCAGAGCAGCUUCGUCACACUGGCCACGUGACCCGGAAGUGUCUUCGGACAGCGCUGGCUCCCGGCCUCUUAAGCGAGAUGAGCACGCAACCCCAGAGUCGGUCAUGACUGGCCCGUACGGGCAGGGGUACCUUUACCUUUACUUUAAUGAAGCCCUGCUGAUGUGAACACCUGAUGGGAUGGCAGGGGGAGCUGUGAAAUGCACCAGGAUGGGGACAACUUCACUAUGCUCUAAGGCAGCAAUGGAAAAACAUCUAAACAUGGAAAGCAUUCGGUUCCCACCAAGACCCUUAGCAAUUUUCAAGAUGUUGUUGUUGUUUUGCAGGGGGCAUGGGCGAAGGAACAACCCAUGCUCUGGUAUAGAAACAGCAAAAUUUGUUCCUGAAUUAAAUUCCUCUCCAUAUGGUCCUAAAGUCCUCCUGAACGUUAAAAAACCAAAACAUUCCCCUUUCAUUAUUUAUUGCUAUCGAUCAACUAAACAUUGCAACAUGUACUGAUUGUUUUUUAUCCUCCUUAGGUGGUGAAAGCUUUUGUGGUCUUAUCUCCUUCCUUUGCAUCACACAACCCUGAGAAGUUAACCCUUGAGCUGCAAGAACAUGUCAAAAAGGUGACUGCUCCAUACAAAUAUCCUAGAAAGGUGAGUUGUGUUAAAAACGGAUCCCAAAUAAUAUCCAUGUUUGCUUUUAGUAUGGACAGGCUUAUCAAUAGUGAAGCCUGUGUGAUCAGGAGCAGGAUGUCUGUGAAUACUAGUUCCUUAGGAGGGAGCUACUGUGUUUGUGCCUUACCAAGGACUUCCUGAAGGCAUCUGAUUGGCCACCAGGAAAAGGAGGGUCCUGGGCUGAAUGGACCUUUGGUCUGAUCUAUAGCAGGGCUGCUGUUCCCAUUUCAGCUUCACCCCUUCAGUGGCCAAAUAGCAUACUCCGAUUUUACUAACUUUAACGUUUAUAGGCAUUUGCAAUUUAAUUCUGGUGCUUUUUUCCCCCUCCUUCUCCCAUCAGAUGGAAUUUGUCCAAGAGCUGCCAAAAACCAUCACAGGCAAAAUUCGAAGAAAUGUAUUGAGGAAAAAGGAGUGGGGACCCAUUUAGUUCUGUGCUGAGGUUAAGGCAAGAGUUCUCCACCAUCAGCAUUAGGCUGGCAUUUAAAAUGUGUAGAACCAAGUGUGUGCUAAACUGUGUUAGUUUUAAGAGUAUUUAGGUCACAAUGUGGGCAGAUGUUAAAAGUGAUCACCGGAUUCCAAACUAUUUAAUAGUACCUAACACAUGCAAGGUUCAGAUUAAAAAGGACAAGCAGGGGCUGCAACAAAAUGUUGUAGUCAAUGGAUGCUCAGCUCUUAUCAGGAAUACCCCAGUUUAGGGUUCCAGGAUAUGAUCAGCUGUAAGACUGGGGUGAGCGUAAGCAAUUUCCCCAGUGUUGCUUUUUUAAAAAGAAAACAGAUUUUUCUUUUGUACUUUUUCUGCAACCUUUGAAGUUCCACCAUUUGUGACAGUCACACACACC